UCUUAUAUCUCUAUCACCAUCACCCGGCAUCACCUCCAUCACUAAUGCCUCUUCUUCUUCUCACCCCCACAGGCAUUAUCUUCGGCUGCUGGGGGGCGGGGACGCUGGUGGGUCUCCUGCCGAUGAUGGGGUGGCACGAGGAGUACAAAGCCUCCUGCGUCUUCACCCAGGUCAUGAACUACGACUACCUGGUCUUCCUCUACUUCUGCACCAUCAUCGGCCCGGGUCUCCUCAUGGCGGUCUUCUACACCCACAUCUACACCGUCGUUCUCAAGCAGACGAAACUUUCAGUGAAAUCGGAGCACGGGACGGUAAGCCAAGGGAUAGUGAGGCUUGUUGCACAGCGUCUUAGGACUGAUUUUAGUUUCUGCCUGACCUUCUUAGACACGUCUUGUAUAUAGUGAAUGCCUUACCGAACUCUGACACCCAACACAGUAUUAUAUCUUUAUUUUGCCGUUUGACCCUUGAUUUUUUUUUCCACUGUCUGUUUGUUUGUUAAUUUGAUUUGUUGCUGUUAUUUGUGAAUGUUUUUAAGUGUUUUGUUGUGUUUGUACUUGUGUGUUUUAUUGUCAGCCUUCAACGCCUUAAAUUAUUUCUUAUCUGAGAUGAAAUUAUCACUCUGGCAGCUUCUUUCCUUCCUCCUCACGGCAGAGUAGAGGCAGGUUAUG